AAGGAGCCCGCUGCGUUUCUGGAAGAGGGCUGAGGAGGCACUAGUUGGGGAGCCACGGUGUUUGUUCCCUGGGUGUUCCAGGUGGGGUUCCUGCCUUUUACUGGCUUCACCGGCUCCCCUGCGUGGCCAGCUCUGCCCGCCUGUUUCCUUGCCCUGGAGGGAGCAGCGACGUGAGGGGAGGCGUUCUUUGGGGUUCCGGGUCUGACCUUCUGGCCUGGGGUCUCUCCCUGUCUGUCUCCUGCUCCUCCUCGGGCCCUUUCUCCCUCUCUCUCCGCUGCCGCCGCCCCACCCCCCACCUUUCCCUGCCUUUGUCCUCUGGUGUUCUGUCUGUCCCCGUCCCUGCCUAGCUGGCUCUUGCCCUCGGCCUCCUCCCGGGCUUCCCCCUUCCUUCCCCCAUUGUUUCCCCCUCUGUCUCCCUCCCUCUCUCCUUCCUGACACCCCAGCGCAGGUGCCAAGGGCUUGAAGGACAGCCACCCCUCCGGCACCCCCUCCAAGCUGGCUCCUUGGGCAUGCGGGGGGGCAGGGGCGUCUCCUCCACCAAGGGGCUUGGGAAAGCUGCCUCUGCACGUGGCAGACACUCCUCUGGACCCGCAGCUCCCCACAUGCGAAACAAUUCCCUCCCAAGGCAGGCAGGACUUCAGCUCGCAUCUCCGACCCGAAAAUACCUGGGAAGAGCUCGGGACACAGGGCUCAGCAAGGAUGCGGGCGCUCUCCCAGAAAAAGCCGAGAAGCACACCAGCCAUGGCACCCCACCCAACCACAGCACGCAAAACCCUUCUGCACAGCCCAGGAGGCAAUGGCGCCCAGGGCCGCGUUCUCCCCUCCCGCAGAAGGGAAGCACGUCUUGGCCCCCUCUUGAGAGUGGCCACGCUUCUGGGGCUCUCCAGCUUGUCUUGGGAGGUGGAGCCUGGCCAGAGGAGUGGGGAAUCGGAGCUGGCGCUCCUGGUGGAUACCACGGGCACAGCACUGCCCGAUCCCAGCCUCAUCGGCAACUUCCACCGCGGCUGACGGCGAGGCUGCCCCCGGAAGCCACGGAGCAAGGCCGGGGAGGGAACACGCCUCCCCUGGAGACGCCUCGGGUUGCGAACCCGGGGAGCCACACCGGGAACGCCAGGCGGUCCUUUCCCCGACUGCUGCUUUCUGCACAUGCCACCCCCUGGGGGGAAUCCCGAGGUGCAGAAAAAGCCUUUGACAAAAUCCAACACCUCUUUCUGAUAACAACCCUUCAGAACGUGAGCCUAGAGGGAACGUACCUCAACAUUCGAAAGGCCAUAUAUGACACACCCAGAGCUGCCAUCCUUCUCAGUAGUGAAAAGAGGAAAGUCUUCCCAUGGAGAGCAGACACAAGACCAGGAUGUCUGCUCUCGUCUCUCCCAUUCAACCUAGUUUUGGGAGUCCUAGCCAGGGCAGUCAGAGAAGAAGAGGAAAUGCAAGGAAUCCCAGUGGGAAAGGAAGGAGUAGGAUGUCCCUAUUUGACGAUGACAUGAUACUAUCCCCAGAGAAUCCUCAAGACGCUCCCAGAAACCUGUUAGAGCUUGAACAUGAAUUUGGCAAAGUUGCAGGAUACAAAAUGAAUAUACAGAGAUCACUACAUUUCUAGAGACUCACAAUGAAAGAUCCACGAGAGAAAUUAGGGAAACAAUCCCAUUUACCAUCGCAUCAAAAAGAAUAAAUACUUAGGAAUCAACCUACCUAAAGAGACCAAAGACCUGUAUUCUGAUUAUAAUCAGAUGCCGUUGUAAAAAAUCAGAGCUGACACAAUAAGAUGGAAAGACCUUGCUCUUGGACUGGAAGACUCCAGAUUAUCCAAAUGACUCCACUCCCCAUGGCUGUCUACAGAUUCAGUGCAAUCCCUGUCAAGUACGAAGGACAUUGUUCACAGGACUAGAACAAACUCUCUGCAAGUUUCUUUGGAAGCACAACAGACCCAGCAGAGCCAAAGCCAUCCUGAGCAAGAAAAGGGAGCUGAACGAAUCAGUCUUCCUGACUUCAGACUGUACAUACAAGCUACAGUCAUCAAAACCGUAUGGUACUGGCACAAAGCCAAAAAUGGAGAUCAGGGGAACAAGACAGAAGCCCAGAAGGAACCCCAUGCACCUGCAGUCCACUCGGUUAUGACAAAGGAGGCAAGAGUAUACAAUGGAGAAAGGACAGUCCCUUCCCCACGUGGUGCUGGGAAGACUGGACGGCCACUGCCACAGAAUGCAAUUAGAACCCUUCCUAACCCCAGACACAAAACUAAACUCAAAAUGCACUAAGGACCUCAAUGUAAGACCAGACGCACUAAGACUCUUAGAGGAAAACAUAGGCCACACCCUCUCUGACAUGAACCACAGCAAUGUCUGCCCAGAUCCACCUCCUAGAGGAAUGACAAUACAAACAAACAUAAAAUAUGGGACCUAGUGAAACAUAAAUGUUUCUGCCCAGCAAAGGAAGCCCUAACCAAGACAAAAAGGCAACCCACAGAUGGGUGAACAUACUUGCCAGUGAAGCGACUGACAAGGGAUUCAUGUCCGAAAUUUAUAAACACCACCUGUAGCUCAAUACCAAAACAAACAAAUAACCACAAAAAAACAAAAAACCCUUAGCAACCCCAACAGAAAAUGAGUAGAUCUGUAAACAGACAGUUCUCCAAAGAGGAUGUACAGAUGGCCCACUAACACAUGAAAAGGUGAUCAAAUCACUAUUAGGGAAACGCAAAGCAAAACCUCUGUGAGCUGCCCCCGUACCGCAGCCAGCGUGGCCAUCAUGCAGACGUCUGCAAACAGGAAAUGCGGGGAGGGUGUGGAGCAAAGGGAACCCUGUGAUACCAGUGGUGGGAAUGUCAGUUUGUACAGCACUGUGGAACACAGGAGGGAGAGUCCUCAGAAGACUCAAACUAGAAUAAGCAUUUGAUCCAGAAAUGCCACCCCCGUCAUCUCUCCAGAGAAAACCAUGGCCCAAAAAGAUCCGAGUACUCCAUUGUGCAUUGCAGCGCUCUGAACAACAGCCAAGACAAGGAAACCACCUCAACGUCCAUCGACAGAGGCAAGGAUAAAGAUGUGGUCCAUAGACGCAAAGGAGUGUGACUCAGCCAUGAAAAGGAAAGAAGGAAAGGCAUUUGCAGCCACAUGGGUGGACCUGGACACGAUCAGGCUGCGUGAAGCUCGUCAGACAGUGAGACACCCACAUCAUGUGCUAUCACUUCCAUGCGGCAUCUAAGAAAAGGCCACCGUGAACUUCACUGCAGGCCAGAUACAGACCUAUAGAUUUUGAAAGACUGAUGAUUUCCCACAGACACAGACAGGAGGGUGGGGGGAAGGGCUGGAGGUCUAGGAUGGAAAUGCUAUAAAGUCAGGUCAUGGUGGUCAAGGUACAACAGUAAAUACAGAAAAAUUCAUUGAGUAAUUUUUUAAAAUGUUGGAAUAUAGUUGAUUUUUUAUAUAAAAAGAAUAAAAAUGGGCAUAUGCCUCAAGAGGUC